UUCAAAUAGAGGCGGAUCCGGGGAGCCGCGAGAGAUCCCAGCGCGCAGAACUUGGGGAGCCGCCGCCGCCGCCGCCGCCAGCCGCCGCCGCCAGCUUCCGGCACCGCAGGACCGGCCCCCGCCCCAGCCUCGGGAGCAGCGCCGCGUCCACACCGGCCGGCCCGGCGGCGAGGGCGAGCCUGGAGACCCCCGCCUGCGCUCUCCAUCCACAGUGUGCCCCGCGCCCCGCAUGUGACCCGGCCAGGCCCCCCGAUAGUGUGUCCCCUGCAGCUCUGGCCCCAGGCUGUGCCCACCUGCCCCAACACCAGCUCUCCAGUCCGCCGGUUCGGGAUGGCCGCAGCCAAGGCCGAAAUGCAGCUGAUGUCCCCACUGCAGAUCUCCGACCCGUUCGGCUCCUUCCCGCACUCGCCUACUAUGGACAAUUACCCUAAGCUGGAGGAGAUGAUGCUGCUGAGCAACGGGGCUCCCCAGUUCCUCGGUGCCGCCGGGGCUCCCGAGGGUAGUGGUGGCAGCAGCAACAGCAGCGGGGGCAGUGCAGGAGGAGGGGGCGGCAGCAGCAGCAACAGCAGCAGCAGCAGCAGCAGCGCCUUCAACCCUCAGGGGGAAGCAAACGAGCAGCCUUACGAACACCUGACCGCAGAGUCUUUUCCUGACAUGUCUCUGAAUAAUGAGAAGGUUCUGGUGGAGACUAGUUACCCCAGCCAGACCACGCGACUGCCCCCCAUCACCUACACUGGCCGUUUCUCUCUGGAGCCUGCACCCAACAGUGGCAACACCUUGUGGCCUGAGCCCCUCUUCAGCUUGGUCAGUGGCCUCGUGAGCAUGACCAACCCACCAGCCUCCUCAUCCUCAGCACCAUCUCCAGCAGCCUCUUCGUCUGCCUCCCAGAGCCCACCCCUGAGCUGUGCUGUGCAGUCCAAUGACAGCAACCCCAUCUACUCAGCAGCACCCACCUUCCCCACACCUAAUGCUGACCUCUUCCCUGAGCCACAGAGCCAAGCUUUCCCAGGCUCAGCAGGCACCCCCCUCCAAUACCCACCUCCUGCCUACCCUACUGCUAAGGGUGGCUUCCAGGUCCCCAUGAUCCCAGACUACCUGUUUCCACAACAGCCGGGGGACCUGGGCCUGGGUACCCCAGACCAGAAGCCCUUCCAGGGCCUGGAGAGCCGCACCCAGCAGCCUUCACUUACCCCACUGUCUACCAUCAAGGCUUUUGCCACACAGUCGGGCUCUCAGGACUUGAAGGCCCUCAACACCAACUACCAGUCCCAGCUCAUCAAACCUAGCCGCAUGCGCAAAUACCCCAACAGGCCCAGCAAGACACCCCCCCACGAACGCCCCUAUGCCUGCCCAGUAGAAUCCUGUGACCGACGCUUCUCCCGCUCAGAUGAGCUCACCCGCCACAUUCGCAUUCACACGGGUCAGAAGCCCUUCCAGUGCCGCAUUUGCAUGCGCAACUUUAGCCGCAGUGACCACCUCACCACCCACAUCCGCACCCACACAGGCGAGAAGCCCUUUGCCUGUGACAUCUGUGGGAGAAAGUUUGCCAGGAGUGAUGAGCGCAAGAGGCACACCAAGAUCCACUUGCGACAGAAGGACAAAAAAGCAGAUAAAGGUGUUGUGGCCUCUUCUGCCACCUCCUCUCUCCCUUCUUAUCCAUCCCCGGUGGCUACCUCCUAUCCAUCCCCAGUCACUACCUCGUACCCAUCUCCAGCUACCACCUCAUACCCCUCACCUGUACCCACCUCCUACUCCUCCCCUGGCUCCUCCACCUACCCAUCUCCUGUGCACAGUGGCUUCCCCUCACCCUCAGUGGCCACCACAUACUCCUCUGUUCCUCCGGCUUUUCCAGCUCAAGUCAGCAGCUUUCCGUCUUCAGCUGUCACCAACUCCUUCAGCGCCUCCACAGGGCUCUCGGACAUGACAACAACCUUUUCUCCUAGGACAAUUGAGAUUUGCUAAAGGGGAAAAAGAAAAUGGAGAAAAAGAAACACAGAGACUUAAAGGAUAGAAGGAAGAGCUGGCCACAGGAGGGAGUUCCUCUUCUAUCAGAUGGAGGUUCUCAGAGCCAAAUCCUCCCCUUCUACUUGACCCCAGGGGCAAAGUAGAAGGUCUGUUGGCCAACAAUCUCUUCUGUCCAUGUCCCUUUCCUAGUCCUUUGAAUUCAGCUGCCUGAAAAACAGCCAUGUCCAAGUUCUUCACCUCUAUCCAAAGAACUUGAUUUGCAUGGAUUUUGGAUAUAUCUUUUCAGUAUCAUCUCCAUCGUAUGCCUGACCCAUUGUGCCCUUCAGUGCUAGAAAAUUGAGUUGGCAAAAUAGGGUCUGGGCCCCUAAAGCCCAACCCUGUACCCUUGUACAGUGUCUGUGCCAUGGAUUUUGUUUUUAUUGGGGUACUCUUGAUGUGAAGAAAAUUUGCAUAUUAUAUUGUGUUAUUUGGAGUUAGGUUCUCACUUUGGAAACAAACAAGCAAAAAAAAAAAAAAAGAAAGAAAAAAGAAAAGCCAAGCUAACCAAUGGUGAUCCUUUAUUUUGUGAUGAUGCUGUGACAAUUAAGUUUGAAGCUUUUUUUGAAACAGCAGUCCUUGGUAUUAAUCAGAGCAUGUGUCAGAGUGAUAUUCCGUUAGCAUUUUUGUAAAUAUUGCUAGACUGUACUCUCACAUGUGAUAAAAUAUGGUUUGGUUUUUCUUUUUUCUUUUUUUUGGAGUCUUUUGAUUUCUGUCCUUUUGGUUUAAGAAGUUUCACGUCGUGGUGCCUUUUGUGUGACACGCCUUGCUGAUGGCUUGACAUGUGCAAUUGUGAGGGACUUGCUCACCUCUAGCCUUAAGGGGGGCAGGGAGUGGUGAUUCGGGGGGAGGCUUUGGGAGCAAAAUAAGGAAGAGGGCUGAGCUGAGCCUCGGCUCUUCAGAAUGUAAGAAAACACAAUCUAAAACAAAAUCUGAACUCUCAAAAGUCUAUUUUUUUAACUGAAAAUGUAAAUUUAUAAAUAUAUUCAGGAGUUGGAAUGUUGUAGUUACCUACUGAGUAGGCGGCGAUUUUUGUAUGUUAUGAACAUGCUGUUCAUUAUUUUGUGGUUUAAUUUUACUUUGUACUUGUGUUUGUUUAAACAAAGUGACUGUUUGGCUUAUAAACACAUUGAAUGCGCUUUAUUGCCCAUGGGAUAUGUGGUGUAUAUCCUUCAGAAAAAUUAAAAGGAAAAUAAAAUGGC